AUGGAUAAAAAUCUGUGUGAAAAGUUCGAGAAUGUAUGGGAAGAUUUCCCCGAUACAUUGACCGAUGAUGGAAAGUAUCAACUUAAAGAUACAACUUUUUUAAAUAGUUAUUGUGAUGGUAAUAAAUGUGAUAGUAAUCUCGAAAAAAUUAAUGCCGGAUUUUUUUAUUUGCUUAAUCAAUUCUUGGGGAGUUAUGGGUCAUCGUAUUAUGCGCAAAAUAAUAUAAAUGUUGUUGAUUAUACUAUUCUAUGGUUAAGUUAUAUGUUAAUCCUAAAGGAAAAUUCAUAUAAAGAUAGUAUAAAACAUUUUUAUACCACAUUUAUAAAUAAUAAUGCAAAAUAUAAAAGUACUGUAGACAAUGUUGAAGGUUGUCGUACUUUUAAGGAUAUUAUAGAAAAAAGACACAAUUUGAUGAAUAAGGACAUGGAUAAAAAUAGUAUAUCUACAUUGUAUGAUGCAUUUAAAUUAUUAUGUAAAAUGUAUACUGAUUUUAAUAAAGACACGUCAAAUUGCAAAAAAUGUUCGGAAAAAGCUAAUGAAUUUGUUGAAAAAUAUAAAAAACUUAAUGAAGAUCCUAAUAAUACUAAUGGCAGUUCAUAUAAUAAAAUGUUGUCUACUUUAUUAACUGAUUAUAAUAAAUUAAAAGAUAAAUGUAACGGUAAUUCAUCCUUCCCAUCGAUAGAAACAAUGCAAAAUUCUGGACUAAUUUCUGAAGAUACAUCAUCAAGUUCGUCGAUAGGAAACAAAUUAAUUUCAGUUUUAUCGGUAUUUGGUGCAAUAGCAUUUCUUUUAGGAAUUUCUUAUAAGUAUUCGUUAUUUGGAUUUCGGAAACGAUUUCAAAAACAAAAAUUAAGAGAAAAAAUAAAAACUAUAAAGAAGAAAAUGAAUCAUUAA